UCGUUCACGUGUGUUUUUUUUUCCCAGCAUGGUGACCUUCUUUCUGUAGCCGGAGAAUUGAAGACUAGUGAAUUAUAAGUUGUUACGCUCUAAAUGGAGUAAGUGAGCUUUCAGCACGGUUUACUGUUUUAUUCACGUUGAGUCGUUUAUUUAUUUUUCGUUAUUUGUUUAUUUAGCUGGUAUGGAUGUUGUUGUUAUCAUUGCAGUUAAUAAUCGCCUUUACUUUUAGUAUAUGUAUUAUGUUAUAACCUGAAGUCAUGGCUGUGCAAAUGCCCCUUGGUGGAUUUCUGUUUGUGCACAGACUGGUGAGAACCUGCACAUCCAGUCAAAGACAUGUCAGGCAGAGGGACAUACUUGUACAACUCAUUAAAAGCAGAAGUGUGUUUAGAACUUUUUCAAGUGGUUCUGUGAAAUGUAACGAAAAUGACAGAGAGGACUCUGACCCCUCACAUCUGAGCACCAAGCUGACAUCCAAACAAGCACUGCUGGCCAGGAGGAGGAGACCCUUGUCCCCUCUGGAAAGGAUUAGUAGUCUGCUGCCUCAGGAUGCCUUGAGCCCAGAGGUGAUGCAGCUGAGAGAGCAGAACCAGCAGGAAGCUGAGGAAGGCACCAACACCCAGGUAUCAGAGGAAAAUGGACAUCCUGAGACACUCACAGGAGAUGAGACAACACCUAAAAAGGCUGAAUCAGAUGACCAUCAUGCAUCUGAUACAGUUAUGGAACCAAGCACUUCAGAGAGGUGGAUACCGGCCACUCUCCCAGGGGAGAGCUUGCUCUCAUUCGGGGAGAUGAUCAUCGCUGAAUAUUAUAAGAAAGGGCGAGUGGAGUUCAAAAAGAUGUUUCAGCUUCAAAAAGGGACUCGUCUGCAGAGCAGCUGGGGUUUUAUCUGGCACGACAACAUAGUCAGCAAGCCUUCAGGUCAGGUCCUGAAGACAAGCUUGGGGGUUCCCAUCCUCAUACGGCGUGCCAGUCUAGAGGACUAUGUGCUGCAUAUGAAGAGGGCGCCUGCCAUUGCCUACCCAAAGGACGCAGGGAUCAUGCUGAUGAUGAUGGAUGUCACUGAGGGAGACUGCGUGCUAGAGUCAGGCUCAGGGUCAGGGGGCAUGUCUUUGUUCCUGUCCAGAGCAGUUGGGUCUAAGGGCAGAGUGUUGAGUGUGGAGGUCAGGGAGGACCACCUCAAGAGAGCCAUGUUGAACUACCAGCGCUGGAGGACUUCAUGGAGUCUGCGGCGAGGGGAAGAAUGGCCCGACAAUGUCCAGUUUCACAAGGCUGACCUCAGCACGGCUUCCUCGCUCCUCGCUGGGCAGGGAUUCAAUGCAAUUGCUCUUGACCUGGUAAAUCCUCACCUGGUUUUACACACUGUGAUUCCACAUCUGCACCCUGGAGGUGUAUGUGCUGUCUACCUGGCUAAUAUAACACAGGUAGUUGACUUGCUGGAUGGCAUCCGAUGUUUGGCGCUCCCUUUACUGUGUGAAUGCAUCCUCGAGGCUCCAAUCCGACACUGGCUGGUUGCCCCAGCCCUGCAGAAAGAUGGGCAGUACUGCACCAGGAAACCUACGGUCCUGGUUGAAGAUCACAGUGAGGAAGAGGAGGAGACAGAGGAACAGACGGACAAAGAAGAGCUGACCACAGAUGAACAACCAGCCUUCGGGAUUAUUCCUUACAUUGCCAGACCUCACCCUGUACAAUUAAGCCACACAGCAUUCCUGGUGAAACUGAGGAAGCGUGUUCAGUAGCUGCUCUGCCUUUAAAGAACCCUGGACGAAAGUGAAUGUUUUAUUUAAUAUGUCUGUGCUGUAAAUAAUCUGGAAAAUAAAACUGGCAUCACAAUAUCAA